UGGUUUGUAAUUAAGCUAUUAAUUAGCCUUGUUAGCUAAUUGGCCUUCAGUCACCACAAUAUUUACUUAUAUUAGCAGGAAUGCUACAUUUUUGUGGGAAAUUAAAUUCCAAACGAAAUGCAGUCCAAAUGUUUGUCACUUUCAGCAGUGGCAAAGUUACUUUUUAUAAUUUUGGAGAAAAUAAAAUUGUAAGAAAUUGUACUUGUAUUUUUGCUGUUGCUCUACAGACUACACUUAUAAAUCAGAUUUAUUUUUGCUAAAUAAUUAAAUAAAACAUUAUUAAUUAUAGGUAAUGAUUAUAUGUAUUUAUGAUGCCUGAGAUCUGAGCACACUGUUCGCUUUCCUCCAUCGCCUUGGUGUUUGACCUCUGACUCUGAAAGGGUGCAUCACCAUGGCAACCAAAGCAGGGGAUGAUCCAGAGAGCCUCAUGUCUCUGUGCACCGUGUUCUGUCUGAAGAACCUCAGAAGAACCAUGUGCUACAUGGGCGAGAGGAACCAACUGUGCCUGCGUCCAGACAUCUUCUUACCCAGUGAGAUCUGUGACAAGCUUGUUCACAUGUACGUGGAGCUGGUGCACACAGACACCGAGUUUGAGCCUCAGGAUGGGUUUUUUCAGCUCUUCAGCGACCCGCACAGCACCCGACUGAGCCGACUGCACCUCAGAGAGGACGUCGUACGAGACCGAGACCUCAAGGCCAUCAGCAAGCAGGAUCUGAUGGAGCUCCACUUGACUGACUGUAUUGGUCUCCACCAAAGCCUUUGGACUCUGUGCAACUUCCACAACAUGCUCGUGUCCCUCAGUCUCUUCGACUGCAUAAACAUCUUCCCCGAGUCCUCCACUGACGAUGAGGACGAUGAUAACUCUUCAUCGUCCUCAUCCUCCUCAUCGUCCUCCACUUGGUUGGUCAAACCGACAUGA